CGCUCGGCCUCUGGUGAAGAGAAGUGAAGAAGAUGACAGCGAUGUACCGAUCACGCUCCCUGGAAAACAAGGAAUUAAUGGCUCUGUAUGGAGGGGACAGAGACCCUUACUUUGUCAGAGAUGAAGACUGUACCAGUGAGGAGUAUGAUCUGGACUCAGAGUGCAGCGAGGAGGGAAAAGGCGGCAGAGGCCUUCGCAGCUCCGUGUCCCUGGAAAUCUACGGUCUGCAGAGGGAGCAGCACGUUUACUUCUCCAACCAGGAGUACUACAGGAGGCUGGAGGAGCUGAAGAACGCUCACCUGAGGAACAUGGCCGAGCUGGAGAGGAUGUACAUCAGUCAGGGCAGGGAGUGGCACGCAGAGGAAGAGGAGGAGGAGGAGGAUGGAGACCUGGCACGAUGGAGGAGCAGAGAGGCCAGACACUCAGUCAGUAGCUGCCCUGCCAGGAAACUCCAGAGGAUCAAUUCUCAGGAGGAGUUGGACUUCCAUGAGACAUCAAGUGGUUCUGACCAAUCAGAGCUCUGUGGAGAGGACAGCAUGGGGGAACUGGAGCUGGAGAAUCGAAGAAGGACCCGGGGCCAGGUCCGAACCUUUGGGAGAGACGUCCUGCUGAGCCCAGAGGACAUGAUGACCCAGAAGCAGUUUCGAUUCCAGCCCAAGGCCUUGUGUCCGAAACCGCAGGGAAGAUUGUCCCGUCACACUGGGGGCAGGGUUCGGUCCAACGCUAAAGUCACUGUGCCCAAACCCUUCCAGAUGAUGCUGAGAGAGGAGGACAGGAAGCGGCAGAAGGUGCGGACGCGCUCGGAGAUCGAGCUGGAGAACACGCUGCUGAGACGGGAGCUGGAGGAGCUCAGAGAAUGCCAGAAAAAGUUCAAAGCAUCACCUGCACCGGCGCACAUACACCUGCCUCUCUAUGAAGUCAUCAGCCGCCGCCCCGGUCAGCGGCCCAACCAACGCAGAAGCAGCAGCAAUAACUGUAACCGUGACUCCAAAAGCAACAAGGCUUCUGCUGCGGCCUCGUCGCAGCCUUUUCAUUUCCUGGAGAGAGAGAGGAGGAAGAGGGAGGCGAAGGUUGUGGCAGAGCUGGGGAACCUUGGUCAGAAAGAGGAGCGACAGGCCUUCAAGGCGAGGCCCAUGCCCAGCUCGGUGUACGGCACCAAGCACAGAGCAGACUCCAAGACCACAAACCGCCAGCCCCAGUUUUUCACCAUCUGCACACUGGAGAGGGAGGCCACGGAGGGUCAAAGUGACCCAAACUCCGACCUGGAGGCAGAGGCGCUCCAGUCCAACUCCGACACCUCUCCUGCCUCCUGCGGGCCUCAGAGAUGUGCGUCCUCCAAGCCAGUGAAGAAGCAGAUAGAGCUGUCCAUUGAGAUGGUGAAGGAGAGGGAGUGGUCCUACAUCGACCCGCUCAAAGCCACCGCCUGUAACGUCCGCUCGCCGGGCGGCCCGGAGCCUCUGCUCUGCCACAAGAGUGACUGCAUCAGUGUGUGAGCGACGGAGUUCAUAAAUCAAACACAGCAGCAAGAAUGGAGAAUAGCAGUAGCUAUUUAGCAGUAGUUUUUACAACUAUGUCGUCACGGCUUGUAGUUUUGUGGUGUAAUUCUUUAUCAGCAGAACGUGGUUAAAGUAAUGCACACAGAUGCUUUGGAGUACAGUAUGUCCCAUAGCGAGGUAUGUGUUGUUUUUAUUAUAGAGGUAUUUUUGAGGCUCUUAAAAGGUACCCUAUGGUGUUUUUUGUAACUUAAAUAUAUAUGCAUGUGUAUAUUAUAAACCUGUUGUUUGUAUUUGAUCCUCGUAAAACAUUUGCAAAAGGUGAAAACGGACGCCCAUGCUUGUGUCCUCGUUUGUGUCCUGAGACAAAAUGGGGGCCCACUCUUUAAGAUAUUACUCCAUAUAGCCACUAGUGGUUGAAAUCUACACAGGGCACCUUUAAUGUCAGUGCAAGACUCUGAGACACACAGCUGUCAA